AUGACGGAGCAACCUCGGCCAACGCCUUCACCCCGGACUUCUUCCACGGACAAUUCUAGCAGAGAUAAAGAAGACAUUAAUUCUGGUCUCCGUCAACGCGGACCGGCUCGAGUCGCGACAACAACAUUCGCAGAGGACUUGAACUCGACAUCGGUAUUACGCCGGAAUUCCACAUUAUCGGAUUCGGUAUCCGAAGCACGGAACUCGAUACGAUCAUCCACAGACGACCUAUUCCUUCCCCGCGUGUCCAGACGAACCAACGAUGUCGACUUGCAGGAGGAAUCGCAUUGGCAAUCCGCACCGCUGGGUCUAGCCUUGUUCCCCGCAAUCGCCGGGGUGUUUUUUAAAAAUGGAGGUGCUGUAGUCACUGACAUCACUUUGCUGGUCUUGGCGGCCAUUUUCUUAAAUUGGUCUGUUCGGCUGCCAUGGGAUUGGUAUCGUUCCGCCCAGGCGGUCCGCCAAGACAAGUACUAUGAACCGGAGGAAGAGUCGGAUUACGACCAAGCAACAUCAGGGCACACACGCAAGUCAUCAUCAGACACUGAGACAAGAAAAGAAUCGCAGCGAUUAUCUGCCGUCGCCAAUGCAGCGAAUCGCGAACUCAUGAUCCACGAACUCGCAGCUCUCGCAUCAUGCUUCAUCUUUCCCAUGAUCGGAACAUGGCUCCUGCAUACCAUCAGGUCCAAUCUAUCACGGCCGUCGGAAGGCUUGGUAUCGAACUACAACCUGACUAUUUUCCUUCUGGCGUCGGAAAUUCGACCGUUCGCACAUCUGCUAAGGAUGGUACAAGCGCGCACGCUUCACCUCCAACGAACCGUCCAUUCAGCAUUACACCACGAAGAAGACAGGAUCGACGCCAGCAAAGUCGCAGACCUCAGCAAGCGUCUCGAAGAACUCGAAGUCCACAUCGCAGAGGCCGCGGCUGUACGACUUUCCUCCGAACAAUCGUCUCAAGACCAACCAGAAUCCCCAAACCAAGAAAACGAAAAGAACCAAGGACUCGUAUCCCAAACAACCAUUGAAAUCCGAAAAGCCAUUCAACCCGAUAUCGACGCCCUAAACCGCGCAGUCCGCCGCUACGAAAAGCGCACAGCAGUCACUUCAUACGAAACAGACUCCCGAUUCCGAGCUCUCGAGACACAAGUCCACGACGCCCUCUCUCUAGCAGCUGCAGCGCAUCGCGCUGGUUAUCGCCAUCGAAACCGCGGGUUUGCAUUCCGGCUCGGUGAGUGGCUAUAUGCUACUAUGCUUGUCCCCGUUCAGAUUUUUAUGUCAUUGACGGCGUUGCCGUUCCGGGUUGUCACGCGAUGUUGGAAUUAUUUUAGGGGCUUUACGGGAAAGCCAUCGUCGCUGUCACCAUCAAAGCGAGGUAAAGGGAAGAUGCCACAAAAUCGUGCGUCGCCAUCUCCAAGGCGAUUCAAGAAGGCUACCCAAGGUUUGCCAGAUGGGACGAGUUUGAAUCCUAUUCGGGAGCAUAGCUGA